UCGUACGCGUAACAUCGUCGACGCGAGCGCGCCGCGUGGUGGUUGUUUGUGAGGCUUGGCCGUUACUUAGUGGGUGAUGAAGGAACAGUACCACCAGUGGAGAGAGACGACGACGAGCCUGAUCUACAGUGGAAACAGAUAUACGUGGGAUUUUUGCUAGAUUCAGAGACUGUUUGUUUUGUUUUUUUUUUUUUGGUUGGUGGGUAGUCUCGUUGAAGAUUUUACCUGAAGGAGAAACCGUUCUGACACCUGUACAUACGUGAUCGUGAAGCAGUGGGUCCAGGAGUUGGGACCCAUAGAGUUUUUUUAUUGGCGAGCCCUGGACUGGAACAUAGAGGAUAGACUAUUGUUUUGAGAGGGUUUUUUUUUCUUGUGGUGGACUGUAAUCAGUGAUCGGGGGGCUGAGAUAUCAGCCUGUGGAUCUCCAGAGGACGGUUUUGCUCGUGUGGCCCCCAUGGAGGCGGCUCGUGUUAAGUGCAACGUACGCCAUUUGUUUGGAUGUUAAGUGACCGGUACCACCGACCUUGGGGCUCCAUGAGUCGACCACGACGCUGAGGGAAGCAUGGAUUACUCGACGAAAGUUACUGUCAAGAGUGGACCCGAUCAGGGAAUCGACAACGAGGCACAAGCCGAUGCCGCAUCGCCACCAUCGAGUGUCGAGCUGCCAGAAAGCGCUCACCCCUGUCCCGCCUGCCCGACGAUCCUCCCCAGUUCGCGGGAGCUGACGAACCAUCUUCGCGGUCACAACUCACCACGCAGCACUGACUGCAGCGGCGAGGAGGAUUAUUGUUGCGGGGUAUGCAACAAAGUGUUGAGCUCUGCGAGCUCGUUGGACAGACACGUGCUGGUCCAUUCCGGGGAACGGCCGUUCAAAUGCAAGUACUGCGAGAUGGCGUUCACCACGAACGGUAACAUGAACAGGCAUCUGAGAACCGCCCAUCGAUCGACCUCGCCGCACAGCUGCACGGACUCGGACGGCAGCAGCGACUCGGAGAAACCGACUAAACGACGUCACAUGGAGGAGUACAACAACAACGAAAUCGCGAAGAGGAACUCGCCUGAUUUCAUCGUGGACAGACAAGAGAAAUCGUCCAGUCUGAAGCGCAAAUGCACGGACUAUCCCAGUGACACGGAGAACCAAAAGAGGCACAAGAUCCUGUUGAACAAUUCUCGUACGGAGAUCAAAGCGCGACCGGACGACAGUCAGAACGUUUACAACUGUCCGGUAUGCGGGAGACAGGAUUUCGCCACCAGCGCCCUCUUGGAAGCGCAUCUGGAGCGCAGCCAUCCGGAAUUCCCCGCGAAAUGCGACGCUUGCAAUCUGUCGUUCAAGAACCAUCGGGUGUUGAAUCUCCACCGGUUCAUGAUCCAUUUCGCGGAGCAUUCGAUCGGUAACACCGCGAGGAAUCUACGGAAUUCCGUGGUCGGUUUCAACGAUCUUACGUUCGUCGAUUUCUCGUCGGAUAAAUUCCCGGCGAUCGCCCGAGCGGUCUGCGAGCAGUCCCUUCAUCGGCCAGCAUCCGGAGAAGUCGCCAAGUUCCAAUGCUCCAAGUGUCUUCGAGCGUUCCCGUGCAGAUCGGCCCUGGACGCGCACGAAAGCGAUUGCGGGAUGUCGAUUUCUCAGACCAGGGUGAUCGACGACAACCAAUCCCGAAGGGACGAUUUCUUCGCUGGUCUAGACUUACAGAACAAAGCCGCGCUAACUGAAGCCAAAGAGGGCAAAGAUCUCGCCGAUAUUCAGAGCAUUAUCUCCGUGACAUCUGGACCGAUACUGCAGAACUUCCCGAGAUCGGAUGCGAGUACGCCCGAAAGCAACAUCAAGUUCAAUCCCAGCGUCAGCUCCUCUGGAUCCUCGGGCACCUUCUCGUCGGAGUAUCACGAGGAGGAGGCACAGGACGCGUUCGCGGCCGAGUUCAGAAAGAUGAAGCUAAAAGGGGAGUUUCCCUGUAGACUGUGCACAGCGAUAUUCCCAAACCUGAGGGCCCUGAAGGGUCACAACAGGGCGCACAUGGGCGUCGGCCCGGGAAUGCCCUAUCCCUGUAACAUGUGCCCGUACACGAGCACCGAUAAAGCCACGUUGGUCAGACACCUGAGGUCCCACAACGGCGACAGGCCGUACGAGUGCUCGUUGUGCAAUUACGCGUUCACCACCAAGGCGAACUGCGAGCGUCAUGUUCGGAACAGGCACGGGAAGCUCACCAGAGAGGACAUCAAGAGCGUUCUGAUCUAUCAUCCGAACGAGGAUUCGACGAACGAGAACGUGGAGAGAAGCUCGCCCAGGGUGAUCAAGGACGACGUCAGGAAGAGCCUGGUCUAUCCGAACGAUCGCGACGAAUUGCCGCAUCAAGCGCAGCUUCAUUACCCGUCGGUGCCGAUCGACGGUCGAGGUGAUGUCAGGAUGAUAGAGGAGGCGAAGCUGCACAAUCCGAUGUCCAUGCACGGUAAUCAUUACGAGAAACUGGACGCGUUCUCGAGACCAGGCCAGCCCAUCGAACUGACGCAACGGAACGUGGAUGAAUCGAGAUCUGGGGACACCAAGCAGGACUACGCGAAGCUUGACGAAGACCUGGAGUCGAGAUCGUCGGAGGGCAGCGUGUCUCUAGUCAGUGAUACCAAAUCAGAUUCGCACCAAAGAUUACAAGCUAGUCCGAUGAACUUGAAGAAGGGUCUGAACGUGUCCGAGAAUAUCGGCGAGGACGGACCUCUGGAUCUCUCGAUGGACGUUCUCGAUCUCAGUAAGAAAUCGAAGGAGAAAGAGGACAACGAUUACACGACAGCCUCUCAGGACCCAUACGGGAAGAGCCAGAAAGAAUUGUACAAUGCCACCAGUCAGUUACUGCUGACCGAGGCUUUACUGAAGGCUGGACAGGGUAGCUCUCAGCCUACAUCCCUGGAAGCCCUCUAUGCGAACGCUCACAUGAUUUAUAGGAACUUUGGAACGUUUCCCGGCGGUGUGGGGGCGGGUAUAUUACCCCCGUAUCUGUUCAAUCCUCAUGUCUUCGGACAGGAAUUCUCCAUCAAGGAAAGACUGCAAAAAGAGCUGGUCAGGGGCCUACAGUUGACCAGCGGUGGUACUCUAGUGGAACCGCCUAUAGCUGCCGCUGGAUUCACCGCUUUCCCUCAAAGUAGAGACAUUAACGCUCAGCCACCGACCGAACAGAGCGACUACGCGAAGCUGAUCUCCUCGAAACUCGCGAGCAAAGCAUUGGUCAACCGGGACAAGCCGGAGAAUCACAUACCGUCCUCGAACUCCGUGAAGAUGGUGAUCAAGAACGGUGUGUUGAUGCCUAAACAGAAGCAAAGACGGUACAGAACAGAGAGGCCGUUCACCUGCGAACACUGUUCCGCGAGAUUCACCCUGAGGAGCAACAUGGAGAGACACAUUAAGCAGCAACAUCCUCAGCAUUGGAGCCAAAGACCAAGAGGUGGACACUCGACCAGAGGAAGACCACCCUCGAGUCAUCCGACGUUGGUGCAGAACUUAGGACAAUCCGCGUCACAGGCGACGCAAUCGUAUCCCAAUAUCCUGCCGAAAGUGGAACAACCGAGUACCGAGUAUUCGAAACACCCGCCGAUAUCCGAUCAGGUGAAGUACGCCAUUCUGGCGCAGCAGUUGAAGGCCAACAAGCUCGAGGAGAAUGAUUCGGAGGAGGAGUUGGUAAUCGAUGAGGAUCCUCAAGACAAAGACCAGGAAUCUCAAGACCAGAAGGAUAAAUGCACCAGUCUGCUGAGAGGUCAGCUGGAAGGUUUAGAGUCUGCCAAAGAGGUGGUGAAGGAGGAGGCUGACGAAUGCACGAAAAGUGGCGAUUCGACGAACACCGAGUCAGCUAACAGUGACAACGGUAACGAUGACACGAAGAUGUCGGACACGGAGAAGCCAAUGGAGACUGACGAACCGUGUGAUGACGCCGACAGGGUGUUUAAGUCCGAACCGGAUGAAGAGAAGGCAGAGAAGAUGGAGGACGGGACCACCGAUUUGGCCAGUGUAUCUGAACUGUUGGACAACGCUUCCCAGCAGUAUCAACAGUUUCAACCGCAAUAUCUGAGCGACGAGGAAGGUCUAGUCGCGUCACACAGCGACUGUAACAACUCUGGAAGCGAUGAGAAGUCAGAUUCCGUGAACUCGUUGAACUCUGUGAACACCUCGUCCAAAAAGAAGAAGAAAAAGAAGAAAAAGAAGAAGAAGAAAUCUGCGUACUCCAUGGCACCGAACCGAGUGAUCUGUCCGUAUUGUCAAAGGCCGUUCCCUUGGACAUCUUCUCUAAGGAGACACAUUCUAACGCACACGGGACAAAAACCGUACCAGUGUGUUCACUGUUCUCUACUGUUCACCACCAAGUCGAACUGCGAUCGUCACCUGUUGAGGAAACACAAGACGAACCCGAACAAGAUGCGCAGGGCGAGGAACUCCUCGUCCCCUGACAGUCAGACUGUCGUCAGUAACAACAAUUCCUUCUCCAUGAGAAACGUCCCCGAAAGGCCUUACAAAUGUAACCAGUGCCCCAGUUCGACAUUCUCCACGUUGGGGAACUUAAAGAAGCAUCGUUCGACGAAGCACGCACGGAAGAUGAAGUCCAGGUCCGAUACUCCGUCCAGUGAACCACAGAACAGUCCGCAGGAAUGUUCCAAGCAAACUGAACAGAGUGAUUACGACAGUCAGUCCUCGACUGUCUCCGAAGGGAUGGAGACGUCCUCUGUGUCGGGACUCCCCAAAUCGAAUUCGAACACUUCACCGUCUACCAACGACACGCCUAGAUCCAGGAGACCAUCGCCAAGAUCAUCGCCUGGACCCAGUGAUGUACCGUUCAAGUGCCACUUGUGCGACUGCGGAUUCGCCGAGAGACAAGACUGUCUGGAACACAUCAAGAUGAACCAUAAGAGAUCUUACGAGAUGCUAGUAGCCAAGGGAGCAUUGGAUAUGGAUAUUGAUACAGCGGAGGACCAACAACAGCCACCACCGCCCCAACACCCGAGCGACGGGGAAGAGAAAAGGGGCCGUUUCCCCGAUUACAGUAACCGGAAGGUGGUCUGUGCUUUCUGCAUGAGGAGGUUCUGGUCGGCGGAGGACCUGCGUCGGCACAUGAGGACGCAUACAGGCGAGAGACCGUUCUCCUGUGACAUCUGCUGCAGGAGGUUCACUUUGAAGCAUAGUAUGCUAAGACACCGGAAGAAGCACGAAUCUAUCGAUUCGACCAUGUACGUAGGCACCAGCGGCGAUGAGGAUAACUCACCGACGCAACCACCAACCAUUACACCUAGAAGCCAACAACAACAACCGGUACUAGUAGCAGCAAAUUCUGGGAAUACCAGAAUACAGGACAGAAUUUCGUUACCCACUGUUGUUCCAGUCGCAACUGGGGAUGCAGCACCCAGUGGACUGAUGAGAUUCAAUCCGUAUGAAAAAUUAACAACUUUAACGGGAAAACUGGCCAGCAUUCCGCAAAAUGUAAACCCAGACGCCAGUGAGAGUGCAGAUAAUGACCUGAUCUCCAAUCUGCUGGGUAUACGGGAUAAGAGCUUCAUUGACCGGGUUCUUCAGGCGUCAGCCGACGAUGCCGCCAAACUUCUAGGAGUGAAACGCAGCCACGAGUGAAGCUGCUCGAUCUGCAGUCUCUGGAUAAUUCACGAUCGUGCCUUAGAUUCCUCCCCCUUAAGAGGCAAG